GGAAGAAUGAAAGAAAAAUACGCAAUUUUUUUCAGCUUAGAUUCGAAGCUUUUAGGGCAACAAAUAACCUACAAGACUCCAACAAAACUUCCCAAAUUACAUAUUAUCUUCAACAAUCUCCCACUACCACAAAGCCUUCUAUUGAUGGAUUGUAUCACUUUUCAUCGUUUCAGAGUAACAAUUAAAAAAUGGGUUUCUUCUACAAAUCCCUUUCUGAAUUCAUAUUAAAAAAAUGGCCCAUCAACCUUUACAACACAUUUCUAUAAAAUAUAUUUAAGAAGAAAAAAAGAAAAACACCCAAAAUACAAGCUGUCGGAUCUGUCCAGCUUGCCCUCUGUGGUCAAACCAAAGUAGAACCCCCAAUCUGUUACCAAUUUUUCAACCCCUUUGAUCUAUCUUACCUUUUUUUUUUUUUUUUUUAAUUUGUACUUCCAUUUCUGUAAUUUGUUCUGUAAUUUCUGAAGUGGGGUUGUUUUUUUGUGGGGUUUUUGUUGGUUAGAUCUGUAGUUUUCCCCUUCUUUUUGUCUGCUUGUUUUUUUUCCCAGGAAUGGUUUCAGGGAUUGCUGUUGUGUUGCUGAUUGGUUUUUUAGGGAUGUUUUAUCAGGCCAAGCAACUUCCUCCUCCUUCACAAAUUAAUGGAUCUUCUUCAUCUUCAGAUAAUCUUCCUGUUUCUUCUCAGAGAAUCAAACUCAGUGAUGGAAGAUAUCUUGCUUAUACAGAGAGAGGUGUUUCAAAGGACAAAGCUAAUUUCAAAAUCAUUAUCUGCCAUGGCUUUGGAAGUUCCAAAGACAUGACUAUUUUAGCAUCUCAAGAACUGAUUUUUGAGUUGGGGAUUUACUAUGUACUCUAUGAUCGACCUGGAUAUGGUGAAAGUGAUCCAAAUCCCAAUAGCUCAGUUAAAAGUGAAGCUUAUGACAUUCAAGAAUUGGCUGAGCAACUGCAAAUUGGAUCUAGAUUUUAUCUCAUCGGCGUCUCGAUGGGAUCGUAUUCGGCUUGGAGUUGCCUCAAAUACAUACCAGAAAGGUUAGCAGGCACAGCUCUUAUAGUUCCUUUAGUGAAUUACCAAUGGCCUUCACUUCCAUUUAGUCUCAUAAAAGAGGAUUACCGAAGAAAGAUUUUGAAAUUAGGAUUGUGGCUUUCAACUUAUACUCCUGGGCUUUUACAUUGGUGGGUGAGUCAGAAUUGGAUUCCUUCAACUUCCGUACUCGAAAAGAAUCCGAUUUUCUUCAACGAACGAGAUAUCGACAUCUUAAAGACGAUUCCCGGCUUUCCGAUGCUAUCCAAGAGGAUGUUAAAGGAGCAACGGGUUUUCGAUACGCUUCGAAGUGAUUUCAUGAUGGCAUUUGGAAAAUGGGAAUUUGAUCCACUUGAAUUAAGUAACCCAUAUGGUGGAAACGAAAGUUCGGUUCAUAUUUGGCAAGGUUGUGAAGACAAAGUUGUGCCAGUGGAACUCCAAAGAUAUGUUUCAAGCCAGCUUCCAUGGAUUGAGUACCAUGAAGUUAUUGAUGGUGGGCAUUUGAUUAUUCAUUACAAAGGUUUAUUUGAUACCAUUUUAAGGUCACUUUUACUCGGAGAAGAAGCAGUUUCUUAUAGACCAAAACCCCUUACACCAAAAUUUGUAUCUUGAAAUUGAAUGUAAUUUGAGUAGCUGAUUCUUUAAGACAGACAGGGAAGUGUUAUAGAAUUUAGGUUUUUUCUUUUUUUUUUAGAGGAAGAGAAAAAAGGGUGUUGAAAUGAAUUGAUUUGUUGUGUUUGGGUUGUGGAAGAAAACAAGACAUUCUUGCCUAAUUCAUUAUUCAUUGGGUUUCUUUUGUUUGUUUCGUGUUUAGACACUACUAUUGUUUUCAGUCCAGAGGUGUAAAAAACCGACUGACCCGGUUCGGUUGGAUCGAUUUUCUACAAUUUCUUUUCGAGUCGACCCAAAAGCAGUUCGGUUGGUUCAUUUUGUCCGCACCAGAACCACUUGAAAGAAAAUUGGACCAACUCUAGGAGGUGAAGGAUAGGAGGACGGAGAGAUCGAAGAAUGCAUAGAGUGUAAUUUGAAACAGCUCCAAGUAGGCAAUAAAAUCUUUAUCCUUCUCCUUCUCUCCCUCUCCCUUUUCUCCCUCUCCCUUUUCUCCCUCUCCUUCUCCCUCUCCUUCUCCACUCACCCACUUACUUUUCUGGGUAUUUUUUCAUCUCACUUACUGCCAAACCAUGGUUCUCUCUCUCAUUUUAUUGCCUAUUUGGAGCUGUUUAAUCAGAUUUUUUCGACACCAUUUUCCUACAAAUUCAAUUCGAAACAGAAAAAUUCUUCCUACUAUAUGUAAUGUUGAAGAAGAUGUUCAAACCCAAUUUCACUCACAAUCACAACAAAAUGAACCUCAAAAUCAUCACCCUUUUAUGCUUCCCAAUAUUUCUACACCUAAUCUUUGUAGCCAAGGCUCUUUAUCAAUUCCAUUCCCACUUUGUUUCAAAUCUAUCGAUGACGUUUGGUCUGAGAUUGGUCAUAACGAUCAACAAAACCCACUUCCCCAAGCUUCCAUUGAUGUUCACCAAAAUCCUUGCCAAAGUCGACAUGCUUCGGAGGAAAUGACUUCGGAAGGUUUAUUGGUGAAAGAUGGAGUUGUUCAAGAAGCUUCUUCUUCUUCUUCUUCUUCUUCUUCUUCUGAUUCAAUGGAACAACAGCUAUGUUCUGUGAAUAACAACAGAUCAAUGGUGGAUUUGAGAGAAAUUGGGUUGUCUUUGUCUUAUGAACAGAAUAAUGAUGCUGCAGGAGUCAUAAAUAUGUCCGAGAAUUGCUUUUCAAAUGAUCAAAUGAGCACCCAAUCUGUUGGGGAACCUUGUGAUGACAUUUCAAAUGAGAAAUGUGAAGCCUUGAUGACUGGUUGGGUUGAGCCUAACAACAAGAAGAGGAUCAUUGAUGGUUCUACUGAAGUUGUGUUGCAGCGGAUACAGCGCAGGAUGAUGAAAAAUCGCAAGUCUGCUGCUCUAUCUGGGGCUCGAAAGCAGAUUAUGCAAAGAAAACAGAGUGAAACGAGACAGAAACCAACAGAAAAGUUGAGGGCAACAAGGAGGAUAGAAAGUUUGGGUUGAUGAGGAGGAGAAGGGUAUGUAUCCUUUAUUUUAAAAACUUCAGAGUCAUGACUAUCGCCGAAAUCAGAAUGACAAGAGAAUCUUUGCUUCAUAUUUGUUAUGAAUUUGAUUCCCUGUGCAAAAUUAUGUGAAGCAUAUCAAGUAUUGAAGUGAAUAUUGGUUGUUAAAGUGUUGUAAUCUGGAAUUACCAUAGUGUAUCUUCUGGUCUUUUAAUCAUCAUUGUGUCUUGAUUUGAUCCUUGACCACAAUUUCACCACCAUUCAAAGGUUCAAAAAAUUUGAUG